AUGCCGUUUAACGACCUUAUUCGUCGUUUUCAGAUCCAAGUCAGUCUUCGUCCUGAUGCUAUUGCAGUCCAGGAUGCCUCUUUCACCCUCACUUAUCAAGAAUUGGACCGAUGGUCUAAUAACCUAGCUCGUGAAAUUCACUUGCGUGCACGACACUUGAAUCUUGAGGUGUCGAGCCCCAUCGCCAUUUGCAUCCCCCGUUCUGCUCUCCUCAUAGUUUCCGUUCUCGCUGUCGUGAAAGCCGGCUUCUCCUAUACGCCUCUCGAUUCUGCGGCACCUCUCGCUAGGCUAGAUGAUCAAGUCUCUCAGUGUGGCACCAGCAUCCUUCUCGUUGCUGCUGGACUUGCUGGGGACCAUAUUUCAUCCCUUGGUCGGGCUGAUACAUUUGAUAUCGCUGCUUUCAUAAAUCGAACAUGUGUUCAGGAGCACCAGGAACUGGUGCCACCUGACUCAGAACUAUGUGACAAUACCCUCCUUGCCGUUUUUUGGACAUCGGGCAGCACUGGACGACCAAAAGGUGUCUGCAUCGAGCAUGAAAGUAUGUUGAACCUCAUCGACCGUCGUCUCAUGGACAUCCAACCUGGUGAUCAUGUAGCUAUGACAGCUACCCCUUCAUUUGACGUGUCGUCUUUGGAAAUGUGGAAUUCUCUCAUCAAUGGAGCUACCGUUUUCAUUCUUACUUCGAGUUUGGGAGACACAGAAACCACCGUAAAGUUUUUUUGCGAACACAAGAUUCAAAAAGUCUUUCUGCCUACUACUGUAUUUCACCGCCUUGCAAACGACGACGAGAUCUCAUCUUCACUUGGUAAAACUCUAAGCUGGAUUCUUGUUGGUGGAGAAAGGCUCAACAUGGCGAGCGUCAAUAAUUUCUUCCACCAUGCUCCCCAUACAAGAAUUUUGAACGGAUAUGGAUCUGCGGAGACAACCAUUCACGCUACAGAUUUCGAAGUCCCUCGAGAUCUUUCCAAAUACGACGACGCGGCUGGAAAACCAAUUCCUGUUGGACGUCCUAUAACAGGGGUGCGAGUUUUUCUCUUGGAUGAAAACCUUCAUGCAGUUGGUUUUGGUAUCCCUGGGGAAAUUUGUAUUAGUGGAGCGGGCCUUGCCCGAGGAUACCUGGGCGAAUCUCUCUCUUCUUCGAAGAGAUUCGUCACCAUUGCAGAUAUUGAAGAACCGGGAUCCAGCCUGCGUAUCUACCGCACUGGCGAUUUGGGCAAGUUUGUUUCCUCAGAUCAAGGACCUCUGCUUGAAUAUGUGGGCCGCAUCGACAAUCAAGUUAAGAUUCGUGGUCAACGGGUUGAACUCGCUGAAGUGGAAAACGUUUUAUGCGCUGGAAUGGAUGGGGCAGAAGAAUCCGCUGUUAUUGUCGCAGAAGAUAAAAUGAUAGCUUAUGUCACGAAGAAUGCAGACAGCGAGCAUGAUGAUAAGAAGGGUGGAACUACGAAAGAUGCGUGGGAUGCUUUCCAGGCACAGUAUGAUUGGGAGAAUAUCGAUCCUACGUUGACUGGGGCCGAUUUCACUGGCUGGGUUAGUAUGUAUGAUGGUGUUCAGAUCCCUCGCCCAGCCAUGGAGGACUGGCUCGCUGACACGCUGAAGAGUAUUCAGAUGAAAGAUGGCGACUCUGUUCUCGAGAUUGGCUGUGGGACGGGCAUGAUUUUAUUUUCACUCGAAUCACGGUACAAGGAGUAUGUUGGCAUCGAUAUGUCAGAGUCAUCUGUGGCCUUCGUCAAAGCUCAGGUCAAUCGUCGUGGACUAGGAGAUAAAGUAGAAGUCUUCCGGGGCAUGGCUGAUGAACUCGAGCAGUUGCUUCCAGCUAAACAACGCUUCAGUCUGGUCAUCAUCAACAGCGUUACACAGUACUUCCCUUCAGGCGAAUAUCUUGAACAAAUACUGCAAUCUUGCAUUGCUAGGGUACAAGACGGUGGUCGAAUUUUCAUCGGCGAUCUUCGAAGCUGGGGUCUAGAUAAACACCAUGAUUUGGCUCGGAUUCUUCAUUGCGAUCCAUCCCCUGAAUUGUCGACUUCCGAUAUUCAGGACCGACUGGAUCGUUGGCAACUGCGACAAACCGAACUUAAAGUAAACCCCUCCUUCUUUUACCACCUCGCCAACAAGGUUGGAAGUCGCGUCUCACACGUCGAGAUCCUACCUAAGAUGAUGACGACUCGGAAUGAAUUGAGCCAGUUCCGCCAGCAAGUUUGCCUUCAUAUUGGCUCCCACGCUCCUGUGCUGCUCAAUCCUGCUUCUUGGGUCGAGUACACGACUGCCUCUGAGCUCGAUAACAUCCUUUCCUCGGGUGCAAGCGAGAUCAUUGCCAUUCAUAGCAUCCCGAAUGCGCUCGUGGCCGGCCAAGAGGCUGCUUUACAACUUCUACGAAGCGAUGCACCGCCCUCGACGGCUACAGACCUGAUUAAAAACGCAACUGUUUCAGAAUGGUGUAGUCGAGCAUUAUCGCCUCAAGAUAUAUCUGCUCUGGCUGCCCGCCUUGGGUACCAAGUUGACAUCAGCUGGAAGGCUUCAGGAGUUGAUCGUACUCUUGCAGCAGUCUUUUCUCGAACACAAUCAGAAUUGAAAACCAACUUUGGUGACAUUGGCUUGGAUGAUCAACCUACAAAUAUUCUCGUCGAGUCCAAAGCCCCUCCUGCGAAAGGAAACGAAUUUAUUUCCAAGUUACGGGCUCGUUGUCGGGAGAAGCUACCAUCGUAUAUGAUUCCUAACCAUUUCAUUAUGAUGGACGCAUUGCCAUUGACGAAUAAUGGCAAGGUAGACCGAAAGCUGCUCGCAGAGCCUAGUUCAUGGAAAGACCUCGUCUCUGCCGAAGCCCAAGAAGUCGAGAUGUACCAGCCGGAAAAUGAAACAGAGGGUCGCGUUCAAAGGUGUGUUGGCGAGGUUUUGGAUAUGGAUACUGCCAAGGUCCCUUUGCACACGGACCUCAUCGAACUGGGUUUGCAUUCGUUUCGCACACCAAAACUUCUAUCGGCGCUUCGUGUUGAAUUCGCUUUUGACGCACUCUCGUACGCGACUGUUUAUAAAUGCGCAACAGUGGCAGCCCUGGGUGCAUAUCUGGAACGAGAAGCGCCUAAGAAACAAAACUCUGGAAACCCAACGCUCCCACGCGAAAGUAAACGACGCGAGGUGCCGUAUGAUGAAGAAGCUCUCAACAAGGUUUUACUUGCACGCGGAUUUACUGUGGCCGACGUAGAGGAUGUGUUCGAGACGAAUAUCUCUCAGAGACUGCCGUUUGAAGAGCCCAUUCCAGGCUUUUGCAUGUCUCACGAAUCCUGGACGGUGCAUACCGACUUCGACACACUCAUAAAGGCCUUGGAAACGGUGAUAACACGUCAGGGAGCUUUGCGUAGCACUUCGUUUUCUUGCUACUCUCGACAGGUAGUCUUCAGAUAUUCUCAAACUAUUCGGGAUGAAGUUAUUAAGGUCCAUUCUCCGGAAGACGUUCCAGACGUUCGCGCUUUACUUGAAGACCCCGCCAGCUAUGCCUUCACGCCGCCUGAAACAUGGUGGCGUUUCAAUGUGAUCAAGACCAAUCCGAUCACGCUGUUCUGCUGUUUUCACCAGUCUACACUUGAUGGUUGGGGGCGGCAGAUCCUCUUCGGUGAAAUCGAAAGUAUCAUCCUAGGACACACACUCCCUGACCCGGUGCCAUUCCGCAAUUUUAUUGACUAUGCAGUUAAUGAAUGGGCACGCAAAUCUUCAGCUGAGUGGCUUGCAAACCGUCUUUCCAGUUCAGACGCUAUCCCGUUCCCUCCGUGCGACGAAAACUUGGCAUACUCUGCAGCUUCAGUGCUUGGUCCAAACUUUGAACGUACCGAACGGCUAUCCGGUAUAACGAACAUCUCCCACGCAUAUGGUAUUCACUCGUCUACCUUACUGAAAGCUGCGAUUGCCUUGGUCAUGCGUAACCAGACAAAAAGGAGCUCUGUUGCAUUUGGACAAGUCCAAUUCGGUCGAAAUGCUCCAGUUGAAGGCAUUACCCAGAUUUGUGGUAUGCUUAUAAACUGUCUUGUUGACUGCGUUGAUUUCCGACCUGGAGACACGGUGCUCGAGUUACUUCGUCGAAUCCAGAUGGCACAAGACGAAUUGAUGGACAGGUCACUGGUAAAUUUUGACGAAGUACUGCGUUACUGUAACAGAGACUUCAAUCCUUUCUUCAACUUCAUAUGGAACUUACGAACGCGGAGGGAGCCGAAACGUACGGUUAUACAACCUGGAGCAUUGGGCUUUGACACACCUGUGGCCAUUAUCUGGACAACCAUUGUCGAUGGAGAAGACGUGAAAGUUGAGGUGGACUACGAUGCAUCCUUUUCCCAACUUCUGCCCAGUUAUACGAGCCAAUUUUUCGAGGCUGCUCGAUGGCUGAUCUCUAACAUUGAGGCACAGGAUAUAGAUGAAUUGAAUUAA